CGUUAAAAACAGUAGAAGAAGUUUUGUGUUCUCUCCAUCCGGAACAAAAACUGCUCCAGUAUCACCGGCUUCUUUAGACAUUAGUGGAUUUAAAGUACAGCUGAUCAUGGAGGAAUAUAACUCCGGGGAGGAGGUCCUGUUUAACAGUGAUGAGGCCACUGCACCCAUUAAAGAGUGUAUUGAGGGAGUGAUUGGUGGAACAGAUUAUAACCAGAACAAAGUCAAUCAGUGGACUGCAAGCAUCGUGGAGCGCUGUCUAAGCCACUUUGUAAAACAAGGAAGAGCCUUCAAAUAUAUUGUAAACUGCACCAUAAUGCAGAAGAGUAGUGCCGGUCUACAUACUGCAAACUCUUGCUACUGGGACACUGCCACAGACGGGAGCUGCACAGUGAGGUGGGAAAACCGCACCAUGUACUGUGUGGUCAGUGUCUUUGCUGUUGCUGUGGCGUAACAUCACAAGACCUGUUUUUCUUCAACUUUUAUUUUGCCUGAAGCUAGAAGUUUAAAAAAGCUCAGAAAUUACAAGGAUCCUUUUACAAACUGUCGCGGAGAAGACAAAAGACAACCUAAAGAGACUAAUCAAAAACUCCUUUGUAAGCUCAAGAGUGGACUGAUUCCUCCAGCCUAUUGCAGUUCUGACCACAUUAUUGCCAUUUCAUUCAAGAAAAGAGAAGACUAGGUGGGUUGGAUUUUCCACUUAAGUAGUAGUUAUGUUUCGUAGACUGAAUAAUUUAAUAAAAGUGUGUAUUGUUUCGAUGCCAAUUCCAGUUUGCUUUAUUUAAAUGUUCAUAUUUGAAGGGUUUUGGCAAAAAUGUAAAAUUAUAAUUUAUUCUGGGACCACAGUACUUAAUAAAAAGUGUAUGCAACACUUGUCCCAA